GGUGAGGAGGCAGUCAGUGUCCCUUUGGGCGGGUGUUGUGCUGGCUCUGUCAGCCGAGCAUGGCCCCGGCUGCAGGACAACCCCGCUGGCGCCGCCGUCCUGCCGGGGCCGGAGUUGGGGGGAUGUCCUUGGCCUUCCCUGUGGGCCGGAGGCAAAUCCCCUCCCUGUCCUUCUUGCUUCCUGCCCCAGGCCCCGAGCUGAGGACGGAGAGCCCGGAGGACAAAUCCCCCCGGCAGAGCCUGGUGGGAGAGGCCGUUUUGAAGGGCUCCCCGGCGCAGGAAGGCAGCGGGGAGGGAAAGGGCCGGAGAUCCCCCCGCAGGAGGGGCUCCAAAGCCAGCCCAGGGUGCUCUGAGGAGGAAAGAGCCAGCCUGUGCCGGGAAGGCGGCCAGAGCUUGAGUGGGAGCUCUGAGCUGGUGGUGCCUGAGCAGCCUCCCAGCAGGGAGAAGCCCUUCAGGUGCUUGGAAUGUGGGAAGAGCUUCAAGGCCAGCACCCACCUCCUCAUCCACAAACACAUCCACACUGGGGAACGGCCCUACACAUGUGGGGAAUGUGGGAAGAGCUUCAACUGCAGCUCCCACCUGAUCCGACACAAGCGCAUCCACACUGGGGAACGGCCCUACACGUGUGGGGAAUGUGGGAAGAGAUUCAGGGACAGCUCCACCCUCCUCACCCACCAGCACAUCCACACCGGGGAACGGCUGUACACGUGUGGGGAAUGUGGGAAGAGCUUCAGGGAGAACUUCAUUCUGAUCCGACACCAGCGCAUCCACACCGGAGAACAGCCCUACAUGUGUCAGAAAUGUGGGAAGAGCUUCAACUGCAGGUCCAACCUCAUCAACCACCAGCGCAUCCACACUGGGGAACAACCCUACAAAUGCUUGGAAUGUGGGAAGAGCUUCAAGCAGAACUCCCACCUGAUCCGACACCAUCUCAUCCACACCGGGGAACGGCCCUACAAGUGCUUGGAGUGUGGGAAGAGGUUUCCGACCAGCUCACAUCUCCUCAGGCAUGAGCAGACACACACGGAUGAGAGGCCCUUCCGCUGCAGCGACUGCGGGAAGGGCUUCAAGGAGAACUCCCACCUCAUCACCCACCGGCGCAUCCACAGCGGGGAGAGGCCCUACAAGUGUGGGGAGUGUGGGAAGAGCUUCACCCGGAGCGGUAACUUGACCACACACCAACGGACCCACCGGUAAGAGAAGCCCUCGAGUGCCCCGACUGCAGGAAGAACUUUCACCACUGCUUCCACCCCAAAUGAACCCCCUGAUGGGGAGGCAACCCCUGGAGUCCAGUGACUGUCAGUCCAUCCCUUUUGACCACAAAGGGCCAGUCCCCUUUCCCAGGGGCAGCUUCUUCCAACAGAACCCUUCCUGGGGGGUGUGUGGAGAUUCCUGCCUUGGCUGGGGACCCCCCAAGGUCACUGCUGGAGGUUGAGAGCAGAGAUCUCCCCACGAGCGUUGGUCUGGGGGAGUUCCAUCCAUCUCUAAGAAUUCUUGCUUUUGUGCCAGCUUCAGUAGAAUUGCUUCAACAAUUGCUUUAGUGUAGAGCACUGCCCUAUCUUACCCUGUACUCCUGGUAGUUUUAGU